AUGUCCACUUCGUUUAUAUGGGUCAACAUAGUGCCAAUAGGAUCUCUUAUAUCGUUUAUAAUAGUAGUAGUUGCUAUAAUAAGCUGGAGUCGUUCAAGGCCCGCAAAACCACCGAUACGUAUGCCGUGGUUUGAACCUAGUAAUGAAAAGGCAGCGUAUGAGGAAUUAGUGGCAAAACAUGCUGGUGAUGUUGAGGAUCCAACGACCGUCAAGAUAUUGGGGGGUGCCUUAGUGAGAAGAGCUAUGGCUGAUGUGAAGAUAUUAACGCAAAUGGCUCAAGAGAAGAAUUCAUUGCAUGCGCUAGUGAAAACUGGGGCUAUAGGAGAAGAUAUGUGGGAAUCCUUCCAAGUUGCGGAACAGGAAAUGCAGCUAGAACUUCAAGAGGUCCUGGAAGAAGCAGACACCUUCAAGCCAGGAUGGUCAAAAACUAUCUUCCAAGAAGCACAACAAAUUUUGCAGCAGCAAAUGCAAAAAGAGCACGAAGAGAAUAUGAAGAAGCAGCAAGCCCAUAUGGAAGCCAUGGGAAAAGCUGCAGCUGCUCAAGAAGAAGCUCUCAAGGAGGAAGAAAGGCAGGCUACAUUGAAGGAAUUAGUAGAGAAUGAAGAAAGAGAAAAGAACAACGCAACGAACGGAUUGAAACAACGGUCCUCCAAGAAAAAAUGA